AUUUUCUUCAAAAAAAAAUAAACUCACUCAAACAUUCGCGAAAUGUUUGAAUCUUAAAGCGUAAUUAAAGCGAAGUUAUUCAGUUAUGUCUGUCAGAAGUCUUAAUAGAAAAUUCUUACUCAUUUAUACCAUUAUAUGCUUUACAAUAGUCUUUUCAGUUAGCGGAAAAUUAUCAAAACAAUUACAAAAUUCUGUUGAUAAAUAUAAAGAAGAAUUACCAGAAUGCUCUAUCAAGGAGUAUGAUAAUCAAAUAAUAGAUAAAUGGCUUUCUUUUAAUAAAAUUAAAGCUGCUUUAUCGUGUCUUAUUAAAAGAUUAGAAGAGUUUCCGCGCGAAGGUGUAUCCUGGGUAAAGUUAUGCGAAGGUUUCAGACGGCUAGAUGAAGAUGUAAAUGUUAUAGAUAGUUGUUUUAAACAUGCUUCAAAAUAUGAGAAAGUUAAUCUUCAAGGAUGGCAUUUUCUUGGACCUUUCGUAAUAGGAAAGACAGAAAUCGAUGGAGAUAGUAUUUUUAGUUUUGGAAAUAUAACCGAAAUAUUAAGAUCACGCUAUACGAAGAAAGAAUUUUUUAGUGAAUUGGUAAUGAAAGGAACUGUAUCGUGGAAACAUAUAGGACAAUCGAAGGAAGGAUAUAUCCAAAUAAUACCGAGCGUAUUAUGGAAUGAUUUAGUGAAUACAUUAGGUUCAAUGGGCGUCACUGAAUGGCAGGGUAUGUUAGUCGGACAUAUACUGGUGGCUUCUGACAAGAAAAUUGUUCAAAUGAGGUGUACUGGAGUCCAUACAGUAUACAUUAAUAAUAUACCUGUUGCAAACGAUUUAUAUCAUCGCCAGCAGUAUUGGUUUAACGUACCAGUUAAAAGAGGAAUCAAUCAUAUACUACUACGAGUAAGAUCCAAAGUGAGAUUUGAUACGCAAUGCAUCGUUAGGAUUUUAAACGAAGCCUCGCUGAUUGCAUAUCCACCUCAUUUCUUACCUGACCUUCUUGACGGACACAUCCUAAAUGGUUAUAUACCAUUGCCUGUUAUUUACCCAUCACAAGAAAAGUCAAUCAGUAUAGGAAAAAUAAAGCUGAAAAUCAUAAAACAAUCUUACGGUCGUCCUCUAACAAUAUCAAUAAGAAAUCAAUUUUCUAUAGUUGGAGGCCAAAUUACAACGUUACAGUUAAUCGUUAAAACGAAAGAUGGUAAUAGAGUUGCUGAGGAUUGCAGUAAAGGGAAUUUAAAAUUGACUAUCAAAAUAGCCGAUCAGACUUUAAAUUUAGAAUUGCUAUGUCGAAAUUUGGAUCAGUCAUUUGUCUUUACAUUUGUAGACCACGAUGAUUCUAUACAGCAAGCAGCCGCAAUAGUACCAUUAAACAAUUGCGGCCUUUGCUCUAUUGUUCUAACUCUCCAUGGAACGACUGUUCCUCCCCGUAAUCAUGCAGACAGCUACAAGCGAGGAGAUGGUAAAGGAGAUUUUAUUUUUGGUAUCGAAAACAGCUUCAUUUUGGCUCCAUCUAGACAUGGAGCACAUAAUUGGGAAGGACCUGGCUCUUUGACAGCCCUGACAUCUCUAAGUGAAUUUGAGAAACUUAUUAAAACUUUGGAUUUUAUACAUGACAAAGCUUCCUCAGAACAUGUUAUAUAUGCGGGUCAUUCAAUGGGUGGUCAUGGAGCUUGGCACUUAGCCACUCAUUAUCCCGAUAAAGCUCUUGGGGUGAUCGCACUUGCAGGUUGGAUUUCCAAGGAAUCCUACGGUGAUAGCAACUUAUUUUUUGUUCACGACCAAUCGCUAGAUUUUACUGAUCCUAUAACCAAAUACUUUCUUGAAGCGUCUAUUGCAGAAAACAACGUGAAUCGAUUGGUUUCGAAUUUACACGAUAUACCCAUAAUGGUAAGAGUUGGUAGCUCUGACAGAACGGUUCAUCCUUUUUUCUCUAGGAAAAUGUUGAGAUUGCUGAAACAACAUUUAUUAAAUGUCACUUACUCAGAAAUAAAGGGAAAAGAACAUUGGUGGUGGGAUACUUGGGAAACCAAUGAUGGUGGGGCAACAAAUGACGAAGAGUUGAGGAAAUUUACAAUAGCAGCAGCAUCUCUAGAUGAUAUUAAGUGUGAUAGUAAUAAAUGCAAUAACGAAAUGCCUCAUUCUCUCUAUCGCAAACAAACACAAACAAAGUUUCAAAUAGUAGUAAUUAAUCCAGCUGGUUCAGGACCUGUUAAUGGGCUGCAUGUUCUUCGUCAAAUUAUACCCAUGAGAGAAACCAUUAUAAAAGUUGAGAAACAUGAAACUUUUACCAAUAUUUCAACAAAAAAUGCUGAAAAGUUGAGGUUUUCUGAUGAAUAUUUUCAUCAUAUAUUGUACUUGGACGGUAAUGAAGUUUUCACUGAAACACUGGAUACAAUCAAAAUUAAGGACUUCUGUUUUAUUGAUGGAAAGUGGGAGAGAUGUUUGAACGAUGCUGAUAAAAGAAAUUUAAACACACUAGGUCCAGCUAGAAGAGUUGCGGAGCACAAGUUUGCAAUUGUCUUGGGAACUCUAAGCGACUCGGAAACGUUAUCCCUCUUUCAACAUAUGGGAGUUUACCUGGCAAAUCAAUUCUUUUUAACAUCCGAUUCUUAUGUACCAAUUAUAAAGGAUACAGAUGUGAACAACUAUGAAGGAAUAAUUAAACUUGGUUCUUGUCAAUGGUCGGAUGCUGGUGUACUAUCUUUAGCUCCAAUAUCAAACAAACAUGGACUAAAUAAUAGAUUAGCGUUAUUGCUUUACGCUACUAAUAUGGAAAGAUUGCUUGACAUUUUAAGUUUGGCAUCACCUACUAUACCUCCCAUGGCAAGAUCACCUUUUUCAAAUCUGAUACCUGACUUUAUCAUUACAAAUCGAGACUUUCGUUCAACUGGCCAUGGUAGUUAUGAUUGUACAGGAUUUUGGGAUAACGACUGGCGUUUUAGAUCUCAUCUUGUUUCAUGUUCACAUUGCACAACUUAA